AUGGAAGGCAAAUCCUCAAGAGUCCAAAAAUUACCUCCAAAAUAUGGAAACGUUAUAACAAUUCUUAGUAUAGAUGGAGGAGGUAUUAGAGGAAUCAUCCCUGGAGUUAUUCUUAAUUUCCUUGAAUCUCAUCUUCAGGAGCUAGAUGGUGAAGAUGUAAGACUUGCAGAUUACUUUGACGUAAUUACAGGGACGAGCACUGGUGGUCUUGUUACAGCCAUGUUAGCAGCACCAGACGCCAACAACAGGCCUUUGUUUUCUGCCAAAGAUAUUGUACCAUUUUACAUUGAGCAUGGUCCUAAAAUUUUCCCACAAACAAGGGGACCGUUUGCUUCGGUUGUUGAUUUCGUGAAAGAACUAAUAGGACCCAAGUAUAAUGGAAAGUAUCUUCGGAAGUUAGUAAGAGAGAAAUUAGGGCAAACAGGAUUGCAACAGACUUUGACAAACGUGGUUAUUCCUACUUUUGAUCUCAAGAAACUCCAACCAACUAUAUUUUCUUCUUACCAGACAAGGAGCUCUACAGAAUCGGAAGCCAAACUUUCAGACAUUUGUAUAAGCACUUCCGCAGCCCCAACCUACUUUCCUUCCUAUUAUUUUAAAAUCCAAGACAAAGAAUACAAUCUCAUAGAUGGUGCUAUUGCUGCUAAUAACCCGGCUUUGGUUGCUAUCAGUGAAGUAACCAAACAGAUUAUUUGGAAGAACGAAGACUUUGACCCAAAUAAGCCGAUGGAUUACAACCGUUUUCUAGUAAUCUCAAUAGGGACAGGUUCAAACAGGAGUGAGAAAAAGUACGAUUCUAAAAAGGCAACAAAGUGGGGAGUGCUAGACUGGAUAUAUAACAAGGGAUCAACUCCCAUUAUAGAUUCUUACAUGGAAGCCAGUGCAGAUAUGGUUGAUUUCCAUAACUGUGUCGUUUUUCAAGCCUUUCAUUCUGAAAAUAGCUACCUCCGGGUUAAUGAGGAUACACUGAAAGGGGAUUUAGCAUCCGCUGAUAUAGCUACUGAUGAGAACUUACAGAAAUUAGUGGAAGUUGGUCAAUCUUUGCUGAAAAAACCAGUUUCACGCCAAAAUUUAGAUACUGGUAUCUAUGAACAUAUUGAAAAUGGUGGUACCAAUGAGGAAGCACUCCAAAGGUUUGCAAAAUUACUAUCCGAUGAGAGGAAUCUCAGAGAGUCGAAUGCCAAAGUCAAAGAACAAUAA